AUUCAUUCACACAGUUGGCAACAAAACACACUCUCUCUCUCUCUCUCUCUCGGUGUGUCUCUAUCUCAUUCCCGUUGUAGCAGCCACUUGGCGACACGAUGCAUAGGCAAUCCCUGGGUUCUCCCUCUCCCAAGCUCCCCAAGCUAGAGACGCUCGUCACCGACGAAGACGAUGCUCCCAAACCUCACCGUCUCAGCCUCUCCCCGCCGCCUCCACCGCCGCACAAGUUCGUCCACCUCAUUCCUGUCCUCACUCUCCUCUGCUUCUUCGUCCUCUACCUCUUCUCCCACACUCCCUCUCCAUCAGACUUGAAUCAUUUCACCGGAUUCAACCGCUCGCCAUCACACCGUCUAGAUUUGGCGGAGAAGAUCGGCGGCGACAUUGGACAAUACAUGGAUGUAAAAAGAAGCGAUGUUUUGGCGAUCCGAAGUUUGCAACAGAUUCCGAAACCUCGCCCUCACAGGAAACUCGCCGAUUUUUAAGUUCGCACGUGCUCCUCGCUGCGUAUUUCCUUAAUAUAUUCUUGUUCCCGGUGUACAUUGCGAUUUGCCUAUAUUUAUCGCUCAGAAAGAAAAAAAAUCAUUUUCACCUUCUUACAUCCUCCAUUUUUUAUAGCAUUUGGUUUUGGUAGUAUCAAUUUUAUUUUUGUUAUAUCUGUUUACGUGCUCCGGCUCAAGAUAGCAGAUGGUGCGCCGGGUGGGUGUUGUAAUGUUGGAUACAGCUGGAGUUGGGGACCGUUACUGCACCCUCGGGUUGCGAUUAAGUGCCAGCUGGAAAUAGCAGUGUUUUUUAUGUCAGGUGUGUUGGCUCAUGACGGGGAGGAUUUUUUCCAUCACCGCUGGGUGCAUAGGGAAUCCGCAAAACCGUGAAGAUUAUUAUUAUUAGGUACACGUGUCGUCGUUUGGGGAAUGAAAUGGAGAAGGCACAAACAUAGGAAUAGGGUGCAAAAGUGUCGGUGCUUAAACUCAAUUUGAAAUGAAAGCGUGUGUGUGCGUGGCCGUGGAGGCUUUCUUGCUGCGUUUGGUGUGGGAAGAUUGAUGAAACGGCGUCGUGGCAGGAAUAAUGGUGAAUGAAUACGAUGGGGGCAUGAUCGGGUGCAGACGAUGAUGGUGUGUGUCUAGUACGUGGGACAUGCCUGGGGUUUUUUGAUUGGCUGGUCUCUAAUCAUAUUCAAAGAUAGGAUAGGGAUCAUCAUAUAUCAAAUCAAAUUAUGGAUAUAGUAUUGCUUUUCCUAUUUUCAUAA